UCAGUUCGAGUACUUUCAAGUCAAAAUGAAGAUUUCAGUAGCCGUUCUUGGAUUAUUUGUGGCCCUCUUCCUCAGUUUGCAACCGCCUACAACGGCAUUCUUCUUUGCACCAGCAUCAACCUUUUUCUGCAGAUUUGUUCCUGAUUUUUUUUUGUGCAAAGGUAAUGCAUCAAGUGCAUCCCAGGGAAAUGGAUCAAGUGGAUCAACAGGAUCAACAGCAUCGAGUGGAGCUAAUGCAACUGCACCUGCGGCUUCUGGAAAUGCCACAAAUGCAAGUCGAUAAUUUCAAAGGACCAGUUUUAUAAGCCAAAAGUCUCGUGGCCUUAAAUUUAAUAGCAAACGUUAUCCUUUUGCUUUUGCACUCUGGCAUCCGAAUUUCUUAUAAUAAAAUUUCCCGAGCAUUGCAAAA